ACCACCACAACAACAACAACAUACCCCUCAGCAAUUCACGAAAUGUCUGCAGCUCAAAUAUUCUCAGCCCUUGUCAUUCCUACGGAAAAGGUUCUGUCCACACUUAAAGAGGUGGCAGACCUCCUCUGCAGGAACCACACCCACAAUAUUGCACCCCUCGACAUCAAGACUGGCGAGAUCGCGGAAUUAUAUACCAUAACCAUCGACUGCGGCGGUGACGACAUCAUCUGGCAGGCGGAAAUGUGGCCCGACUGCCGCUUCAAGACCAUCAAGCGCUGCAAGAGAGUUUCCAUACCCAACAGUACGUGCUAGCAACAUUCUGCCUCACCCCCCUCCCUCUCCCCCUCCCAAAAAAAAAACUGCGAAAAGGGCUAACCCGAGAAUGGAAAUCAUAUAGUUAGCCCUGCCAGAGGCUCUCUACCGCUUCUUCAACCGCGACGUACCUGGAAUGAGGACCUUUGCAAUGAGAUUCUUCAGCUGAUUCACGUGACGGGUCCUGAGCGGAACUGGUGGAGAGAUGAGUCCGUGUUUAAGGAUAAUGAGCCUACCGACAUUUGGCAUGUUUCCCCAUCCCUUCACUUUUCUUUUGUUAUCAGUUUUUCUCCCCCGAAAUAGGUCUAACAGUGUAUGGACUGGGGAAUAGCUAUCUUUACCACCCAGGCUUCGGAAACAGCACACCCCAGAGCCAUCCAAGGACACUCCAUGUGGGAUAUCAAGCAUUUCUUGUCGGCGAUAACCUUCCCGCCUACUACCGCACCAUGGAACGGCUUCACCAGUUGCCGAGUACCAGGAAUCAGUUAG